AUGAGACCCGCCGCCAUGAUCAAGAAGCUGUGUCAGAGCGAGUCCGAGCUGAGCAUCCCGGCCAAGAACUGCUAUCGCAUGGUGGUGCUGGGCUCCUCCAAGGUGGGCAAGACGGCCAUCGUCUCCCGCUUCCUGACGGGCCGCUUCGAGGAGCAGUACACGCCCACCAUCGAGGACUUCCACCGCAAGUUCUACAGCAUCCGCGGCGAGGUCUAUCAGCUGGACAUCCUGGACACGUCGGGCAACCACCCCUUCCCCGCCAUGCGGCGCCUCUCCAUCCUGACAGGAGAUGUCUUCAUCCUGGUGUUCAGUUUGGAUAACCGGGACUCCUUCGAGGAGGUGCAGCGGCUGAAGCAGCAGAUCCUGGAGACCAAGUCGUGCCUGAAGAACAAGACCAAGGAGAACAUGGAGGUGCCCCUGGUCAUCUGUGGCAACAAGGGCGACCGAGACUUCUACCGGGAGGUCGAGCCCCGGGAGGUCGAGCAGCUGGUCGGGGCAGACCCUCAGAAAUGUGCCUACUUUGAGAUCUCCGCCAAGAAGAACAGCAGCCUGGACCAGAUGUUCCAAGCACUCUUUGCCAUGGCGAAGCUGCCCAGCGAGAUGAGCCCGGACCUGCACCGCAAGGUCUCGGUGCAGUACUGUGACAUGCUGCACAAGAAGGCGCUCAAGGGCAAGAAGCUGUUGAAGGAAGGGGCCGAGGGCAGCGGCGGGGAAGCCUACGGCAUCGUGGCCCCCUUUGCCCGCCGGCCCAGCGUGCAUAGUGACCUCAUGUACAUCCGGGAGAAGGCCAUCGGCGGCGGGCAAGCCAAGGACAAGGAGCGCUGUGUGAUCAGCUAG